CUUUGUGAGAAACUUCAAAAUUACUUCACCAGAGACAUUAUAUCAGUCUGUUAUUAAUUAUGUUUUAACUAACCUGCAGCCUUUCGACACAAAUGAGAAGAUUGGUUGCAAACAAUUGAUAAUUGUUUCAACACCAAUCUAAAGACUCAUCAGAUGAGUGUUUGAUUUACAAUUUGCAUCUUGACUUUUUUUAAUAGAUUAUAUUAAAAAACAGUCAAGAUGUCAAUUGGUGAACGAUAGCAUGCAAUAUAGAUAAUCAUGCGUCAAAAAAUGACCAUUCUGUUACAGUAACAGCAUUUUGUUGCAUCUUCAACUAAUGGUUAGUCAGCUCAUCAUUAGUUAUACAUUUGCGUCGUAAUAAAUGACGCAAAUGUAUAACUAAUGAUGUUCUCCAGUACUCUUGAUCUUCUCUUGGUUGAUAAAUCUACCUAAAAGAGAAGAUCAGGAGUACUGGCAUGUCAACGCUUAAAAAGAUGUUAUACGUUUAAAAGUGGUUCUAGAACAGGUCCACUCAGAUUUUGGCAUUAAAGAUAAAAUCACAAAGAUUUACCACUGUUAAUGGGUCAAACAUUUGCCAAGCAUUUAACUUGUAUUUUCAAAAGUUAGUUAGUAGUCCUCAUACAACACAUACAUCUGAACAACCGCUGAUGAAGAACUAAGAAUGGAGUUUGUGUAUGUUGAUGACGCUUUUACUAAAUCUUAUUCAACUUCAGAUCUUAAACAUCACCUGCUCUCUCAUCAGCAAUGGGAAGCAAUGAUCGACUUGAUGAGUCAGGUAGAGAGCGUGACAAUGGAAAUCGGUUGUUUGACUCUCAAAAUAAUGCACGUGGUGGGUAUAAUGUUGGAAAUUUGUAUUAUUAUGAAGGAUCACAACUGACAAUUGAGUGGACUAAUCAACAUUCUUGCGGUGGGCCUAAUGCCAAUUGUGAAAUUGUUCUACAGUAUAUGUGCGGUGAAAAUCUACGAGAUGGUCUUAAAACAAGUAUAAUACCUACUAAUCCUGCAAGUUGUACAAAUAAUAAUUGUAACACUGAUCAAAACUUUGGCAUGAAUGAAGAUUACGACUACUACAUGAAAUGUAUAAAAACAAAAAGAAACAAAGGAUUAUUCACUGCUACUCAGGUUUUAGGUGGAGACACAGCACAGUUUACUCGCCAAAAUUCUCAAGGCACACGUAGUGGUUACGAAUGCCCUGAAGAAAGAGAUUAUUAUCCUUAUUGGAGGCCUACUCCCUGGAAGGAUAUUGUGGUAAUGACAAAUAAUGUGAGUCGAUGCAACUGGUAUCAACAAGAAAGUGAAAAUGUGAAACCCAGGUACGCAUGUGUUCCACCAGCUGGUUACAUGGAUGCUCUUAUACAAAAUAAACUAAGUAGUUUUUUGGAAAUAACAAAGGAAAACUGUGAGACAAUAGAAUGGCCUAGGGGUUCUAAAAUAAAAGCUAAAUGGACAGAAAUGCCAAGCAAGAAUUUAAACUUUCCUGAUUGCAUUUUAUCACCUAUAUCGCGAGAUAAUCAUAAUGGCAAUGGGUUUGGAGGGUUUGCAAACACAUACAAUUGGACAAUACCAAAUGAUAUUCAUGAGAAUUGUGUACUACGUCUUCGAUAUAACAUUUCUACUGGUGACUUUCCAACAACUGUUGACUCAUCAAAUAACAACUUUGUUAACAAUAUAAAAAUUGGACCUUUGGUUGGGCUUUCAGACACUGAGGCCAGUAAUAGAGGAUAUGUUUUUAACAACAAUCCUGUUGUUCAACCAAUAAAAGUUGGUAAUUCAAUAUUAGGUAAAAAGUUGAAUCUUGCGUUAGCUAUUAACACUGCUCAGUAUGGAAGAACAUUUCAAGACAGGAGUCAUCGAUUUGCAAUUCGACCACGUCCUAGUUCAUUUAAUGGAGUUCAAAUGUACAACUUAAAUGUUCGUGGUAAGCGAGGAAAUAUUGUUCAAGUAUAUCCAGGAGUUGAAUAUGACUUUGUACCAAGUCGUCUUACUCUAUCAGUUUCAGAUGCAAUUCAUAUACAGUGGACUGGUUCAAAUACUAAUCCAAAUGAUAAUGCAGGACAAGGUAAUGCUGGAACUGAUCGUUCAAACAUUAUUUUAUUAAGAGAUCAAAAUUACCCCGAAGGCAAUCCUGGACAAGCUGCCUCCCUUGAUAACAAAAAAGGUCAUUAUGGAAAUAAUUAUCCAAUGAAUGUGAGCACGCCAAACAAAAGUUUACUAGGUUUUGGUUUGGCUGAUACCAUAAAACUAGCCAUACUCACACCUGAUGUAAUUGGUGCUAGGAAUUCAUUGCUAGCUGAUGCUGGAAGAUAUUUUGAUCUGGGCCCUCAUAUUCUUGCAAGUAAUGCAACAGGGACUUAUUACUACAUGUGCACCAGGAAUAAUAACUUUUCAAAUCGUAGCCAAAAAGGAAAAAUUAUUGUUUUACCAAAAAAUGACGUAAUUAAACAGCAAGCAAAUUCUGCUUACUAUUAUCCCAGGAGAAACCAUAAGAAAAAUACGUUUCAUUCUCACAAAUCAGCUUUAACACAAAAAAGCAAAGUAUCGUUUGUAUAGAGCUAUUUAUUGUUUUGUAUCGUUUGUAUAAAGCUGCUGACCUGCAGCUUUUAUACUUAUCAGAUUUUAUAUUCAAUGUACAUAAUUUUUAUA